UCCCAGUGGUCGAUUCUUUGCUUGUAGCUAGCUGUACCAGCCUCUCUCUCUCCGUCUCUUGUGUUGAAGGGGAGACAGAGAAGGGUAGGCGACACGCCAUGGAACCGACAAGGCUGCUGCUUCUUCUCCUCGUUCUCGGCGUGUCGCUGCAAGGAUGCAUUGCGCAGGGCGGCGGCGGCGCCGGAGGGCUCACGCGGGGGAGCUUCCCCAAGGGAUUCGUCUUCGGCACCGCCUCCUCCGCUUACCAGUACGAGGGAGCGGUGAAGGAGGACGGCAGAGGGAAAACCAUCUGGGACAAGUUCGCGCACACGUUUGGGAAGGUUGCAGACCUGAGUAACGCCGAUGUCGCGGUCGAUCAGUACCACCGGUUCGAGGAGGAUAUACAGCUCAUGGCGGACAUGGGGAUGGACGCGUACCGCUUUUCGAUUGCCUGGUCGAGGAUUCUGCCCAAUGGUACCGGCCAAGUCAACCAGGCCGGCGUCGACCACUACAACAGGUUUAUCGAUGCACUGCUAUCGAAAGGCCCUGGAAGACAGGUACAACGGAUGGCUGGACAGGCAGAUAGUGUACGACUUCGCCGAGUACGCCGAGACAUGCUUCGAGGCCUUCGGAGACCGCGUGAGGCACUGGGUCACGCUCAACGAGCCGCACACGGUCGCCGUCCAGGGCUACGACGCCGGGCUCCAGGCGCCGGGCCGCUGCUCCCUGCUGCUCCACCUCUACUGCAGGUCGGGGGACUCGGCCACCGAGCCCUACGUCGUCGCCCACAACUUCAUCCUGGCACACGCCAAGGUCUCCGACGUGUACAGGAAAAAGUACAAGGCGGCUCAGAACGGAGAGCUUGGGAUAGCGUUCGACGUCAUGUGGUUCGAGCCGAUGACCAACACUACCGCCGACAUCGAGGCUGCCAAGAGAGGGCAGGAGUUCCAGCUCGGAUGGUUCGCGGACCCCUUCUUCUUCGGCGACUACCCGGCGUCGAUGAGGUCGCGGGUCGGCGACAGGCUGCCCAGGUUCACGGCGGCCGAGGCCGCGCUCGUCAAGGGGGCGCUCGACUUCGUCGGCAUAAACCACUACACCACCUACUACACCAAGCACAACAGCACCGACCUCGUGGGCCGACUGCUGCACAACACCCUGGCGGACACCGGAACCAUCAGCCUCCGUACGUGAGCCUGAGCCUUCUUCGUUCCUCCACACCGCCUUCGUCCUUCUCUCAAUGGACUAACGACGGUUGUUGGUUCUGCAUCACAGCGUUCAGGAACGGGAAAGCCAUCGGUGACAGGGCCAACUCGAUCUGGCUGUACAUCGUGCCCAGCGGGAUGAGGAGCCUGAUGAACUACGUCAAGGAAAGGUACAACAGCCCGCCGAUUUACGUCACCGAAAACGGGAUGGACGACGGCAACAGCCCCUUCACCUCCAUCAAGGACGCCCUCAAGGACAGCAAGAGGGUCAAGUACCACAACGACUACCUCACCAACCUGGCUGCCUCUAUAAAGGAUGACGCCUGCGACGUGCGUGGCUACUUCGCCUGGUCGCUGCUGGACAACUGGGAGUGGACGGCCGGCUACUCCUCCAGGUUCGGGCUCUACUUCGUCGACUACAAGGACAACCUUAAGAGAUACCCCAAGAGCUCGGUGCAGUGGUUCAAGAACCUGCUGGCCUCUAGCUGAAGCCUCGAUGGAUAUAUAUAUACUGCAUUGUCAUUUCCUUCUUUAAUCUUCAUGGCCUGCCCAAGUGGCCAUCUGAAACCAUGCAUGCAUGUACGCUGUGGCGUCCCCUUCUGGAUGCCUUCUCCUUUCAUCUAUAUAGCCACGAUACAAUACAAGUUGCCUGGAAGAAAACUAUCGAGGCGAAAUAAAGUCAAGGCAAUACUU